GUAUUUUAUCAGUACUCUCUCUGUCCAGUGAGAGUAUGCUGUUGGCGUCAGAGCUACCAAAGGUUUCCUACGUAAAGGCCAUUGAUAUCUGGCUCAUUGCCUGUCUACUUUUUGGAUUUUCAUCACUGGUGGAAUACGCUGUGGUACAGGUGAUGCUGAACAGUCCCAAACGGAUUGAGGAGGAGAAAGCCAAAAUGGCCACAAAGGAGAAAGCUUUGCAAGAGAAAGAAGGAAAGAAGCCUUCAAAUAAAACAAAUAACACAGUGAAUGGGACUGGUGGAACACCUAUACAUGUCAACACGCUGCAGGUAGUAGAAACUCGCUGUAAGAAAGUUUGCACAUCCAAAUCAGACCUUCGCUCCAAUGACUUCAGCAUCGUGGGAUCUUUACCUCGAGACUUUGAACUUUCCAACUUGACUGUUAUG